AUGGAUUGCGUCGUCAAGGCUUGGAUCAUCGCCACCCUCACGGGCGACCUGGCAGAGAUCAUCUCUGCCCAAGGCUCCACCGCCCGCCAUGCUUGGCUUGCUGUGCAGUCUCAGUUUCUUGGCAACCGAGAGACUCGCUCCAUCCACCUGGAGACACGUUUCCGUAAUUUUGUCCAGGGCGACCCCUCCGUCACCGAGUACUACCGCCAAUUGAAGAAGAUGGCGAACGACCUCAUCGCUCUUGGCGAGCCCGUGCCUGACCGGACUCUUGUCCUCAACGUCACUCACGGUCUCAACGAGCGUUUCAGUCACGUCGACACCCUCCCUCGUCGAGCAUGUCCCUUCCCCACCUUCCUGGAGGCUCGCGACGACCUCAUCCUCGAAGAGCUCACCUUGGCGAACAGGAAGGAUGCCCCUGCCACCGCUCUCGCUGCUACCUCUACGCCGUACACCUCCAGCACCAUUCCUGCGUCGGGCUCUGGUGGCGCUGGGGGUGGCUCCAAGUCAUCCAACAACCGCCGCAACAAACGCGGCGGCAGCAACAAAGGCAGCAGUAACGGCGUCGGGCUCUGGUGGCGCCCAGCAGCAGUCCUCCAGUGCUCAGCAACAGCAGCCUGCUCCAUUCAGAUGUGGCUAGGAGGCCCCCGUCCUCCGCUAGCACCGAUCCCGGUGCCCCCUCACCUACAGGCGCAGCAGCAGGCGCAACAGCAGGCACAAUAG